GCGCAGUGCCGCACCGGCCCUGGCAGGCAGCAUGGAGGACGUGCUGAGACGGGAGCUGGGCACCGCGGUGCUCCGGCCGACGGGGCACUCGGGGGGCGGCUGCAUCAGCCAGGGUCAGAGCUACGAUACGGACCACGGCCGGGUGUACGUGAAGAGCAACUCCAAAGCGGAGGCCAGAAGAAUGUUUGAGGGAGAAAUGGCAAGUUUGGAAGCCAUCUUGAAAACGCAGACAAUAAAAGUGCCUAAACCCAUCAAAGUUAUAGACCUGCCUGGGGGCAGUACUCUGUUUGUGAUGGAACAUUUGGAAAUGAGAGGCUUAAACAGACAUUCAGCAAAGCUUGGAACACAGCUGGCUGAUCUCCACCUUCAUAACCAGCAACUUGGAGAGAAGCUGAAGAAAAAAGAGAGCACAGUUGGUAAAGGUCAAGGGCAAAUGGAAGUCCAGUUUGUGGAUCAAUUUGGCUUUCAUACAGUUACCUGCUGUGGCUAUCUUCCACAGGUGAAUGACUGGCAGAAUGACUGGGUGACUUUCUUUGCCAAGCAAAGAAUCCAGCCCCAGAUGGACAUGAUCGAAAAGAAUUCAGGAGACAGGGAAGCAAGAGAACUUUGGGCACAACUUCAGCUGAAGAUACCCAGUUUGUUCUGUGACAUAGAAAUUGUUCCUGCUCUUCUGCAUGGAGAUCUCUGGGGAGGAAAUGUAGCUGAGGAUGAUUCUGGUCCAAUUAUCUUCGAUCCGGCUUCUUUCUACGGCCAUUCAGAGUAUGAGCUUGCAAUAGCUGGGAUGUUUGGUGGCUUCAGCAGUUCUUUUUACUCUGCUUAUCACAGUAAAAUUCCCAAAGCUGCAGGGUUUGAGAAACGCCUAAAGCUUUAUCAGCUUUUUCACUACAUGAACCAUUGGAACCAUUUUGGUACAGGGUAUAGAGGGUCUUCUCUAAACAUUAUGAGAAACCUUGUAAAGUGACUUGCUGCUUAAGCAGACUACUUCCUAUGUUGCUUGGAAAGCCCCAUACUUGGCGGUGCAACUACAGGAGUAGUAAUGUUAAAAAAAGCUACUAGACCCUUGACCUUGUUGCACAGUUAAAGACCUAGAAUCAGUGAGUCCUGCUGAAUACCAAGUGUAACAUAGUCAUCCCUUUUUAGCAUAGUUGGGAAUAACUUUAUGAGCAGAAUAUCUAAGGAAGGAGUUUAUUCAGUUGCACAGAAGAUCUGUCAGUGUCAAGAAAGCAUCGUAUGCUUGACACUAGGCAAGGUAAUGCAAAUCAAGCACUCAAGUGUAAAUGAUUUGGAAGAAGUUCUCUCUUAGGGACCAAUUGUGCUUCAGAAUAGAGAAACACCAGGGUUUGCAUUUGUACCCUAAUGGGAAAAUUAGAGAAGUGUUUGUGAAAUGGAAGAUUGCUUUUUUCAGUUUAUGAAGAGAUGGCUAAGAAAGUUGCUUAUUGCUUUUUGCUGUCCCCCCCGACCGUCACCACCUUUAUGAUAGAUUGCUCAGAUUCUUUCAGCUCUUCAUGGCCAGUUGUGUGCAUGAGAACAAUGUUAACAAAAUAUUUUGAAAGUCAACAAGAAAAUUAUAUAAUGGGAACUGAAAAAUGAUUUGGACUUGCUAUUCAUUAUGCUAAUGUGAUUCUAUUGGGUGACUGCUUCCUGUUCUGUAACAAAGCCGUAUGAAAAUGCUUAUCAUUUUUUCUGGCAUGUACAUUUUGGUGCCUCAUGGCAUUUUUGUAGGCAGUUCUGUGCUUGCCGGUCAGUGGGCUCUUCAGCAAUUUUGUUUUCACCAGAACUAGCUCUCUCUUCUUUUUUGGAUUAUGCUUUUGUCCAAUAGUGUGCAUUCUUAAGGAUCUUUUCAGGUAAGACACUUUACAUGUACACAUCCUGUGAAGAUGUACUCUCUCACUUACAAACAGAAGAUGUACUUUUGGACUGUUGUCAUUGCCCACAGGAUAAUGCCAUCUGGUCAUGGUACAGGCUUCACCUAAAUUUUCUGUAGUUUAGACUACAGGUGCCAUAAGCUAACAUUUUUCUUCAGUCCCCACUAAGUGCACUUUGUAGCUCUUGGGAUAAGAGACAUGAAACCAAAGGAAGUUAAAAUGUAACUCACAGAACAGCAGCUCUACACCACUGUCAGAAGUUCUUUAAGAAUAGCUUUGCAGACUAGCUAUUUCUUGUAUCUGCAAGUCAGUAAUACUAAAAUUGCACUUUUUUUGGUAUAGGCUGGUAAUGAUAUUUCAGUGCAAGCGUACCAGGUAGGUGAGAGAGAUGCAUGAUUCCUAACAUGCAUUUUGAGUGUUUGGGAAUGACUUUAAUUAAUUAAAAAUGUUUUCCACUGGAUGUUGGCAGAUUAUUGAGGGUUUUUUAGUUGCUGGGUUUGUAGUUAUUUAUACAAAUUGGAAGCAAGUUUAGAGAAGACUAUCACUUGAUUUAACUUUCUCUCCUUAACUCUACUACUCUUCUCCCAGGCUGUUUAACUUUUGCUACAAAAAGUUUUAAAGCCUUGUUUGGUUAAAUAGCUUUUACUUUUACCUUGUGGCUUAAAUAAAAAGUUUCCCAGUUGA